UCCCCUCCCCCGCCGCCGCCACCACCGCCGAGGCUCCCCAUCCAUGGCUCUCCGCCGCGCCAUCGGGUCCCUCGCCGUCCGCUCGCAGGCGGCAUCAUACUGCCUCCGCCGCGCCGCCGCCUCGCCGCCCACCCUCACGCCUCCCCCGCCCCCGCCCCCGUCCUUCCGCCGCCCGGUCGUCGUCCCCCGCCGCUCCUUCGCCGCCCCGCCGCAGCACGUCAAGAAGGCGUUCAAGGACGCCGACGACGCCGACGCCGGGCCCCGGCUCAACAACGACAUCACCGCCCCCUUCCUCCGGAUCGUCACGGACCAAGGGCAUGACGUUGUCCCCCGGCACGAGGCGCUCCAGACGGCCGCCAGGAUGGGCCUCGACCUGGUUGAGGUCGACCGGAAAGCGGACCCUCCGGUGUGCAAGAUCAUGGACUUCCACAAGGAGAAGUACAUCAAGGAUGCCAAGGAUAAAGAGCGCCAAAAGGCCAAGUCUGCCAUUACUUUGCGUUGUGGAGAUAUCAAAGAAGUGAGGUUUAAGGCGAAAACUGAAAUUAAAGACAUGAAGGUGAAAGCAGAUGCAAUUACCAGGCUGAUGGAGCGUGGGUACAGGGUGAAGUGCAUGGCGAUGCCCGCAGCCGCAGGUAACGAAGCAGAAGAUUUAGGCGGACCGCUGUCUCGGUUACUAGGACUGAUACAAGAUGUCUGCACUGUGGAAAGCGGGCCUCAUUUGGACUCCAAGCAUGCGUAUGUUAUUGUCAGGCACGUGAAGUUUGCAACCAGGAAAGGUGGAAAGAAAGCAAGCCAGGCCAUUGAAGACGCAACCAAAGGCACCCCCCGCGCCGCUACCUCCGAAUCACCAGCCACUAGCGCUGAUAGUGGGGACGAGACAAACGAACAGGGUCUGGAAGCUGAGGAUCCCCGGGAAUCUUCAGCGCAAAAGGAAGGGAAAGAUAGAGAGUUUAGAGGCAAUAACCGCGGUAAAUUGGACAACAGCAGGAAGGCUGCUGCAGGAAGCAGGAUUCGCCCUGGUCCAGGGGGACCCCAAUCAUCGCAACCUGGACUUGGUUCCAGGAGUGGAAAUUCUCAGCAAGAGCAGACUAAUAAUGUUCCAGGCAUGGCACCCGAGCAAACCAACAGGUAUGCCAGCCGUAAGCAGCAGACCUCCACAGGCGACAACCAAGUUAGACCACCGCAGCAGGACCCGAGAAGAGGUGAGCAUGAAGGCCGCUAUCCAAGGCCUCCUUUGGAACAGCCUAGCCCGCCGCCGCCAAGGUUCAACCAAGGCAGUAGACCCCCACAGCAAGACCCGAGAAGAAACGAGAAUGAAGACAGGUAUCGGCGUCCCCAGGACAACCAAAGGCCGCCUCUGCAGCAGCCUGGCCCGCCGCCCCCAAGGUUCAGCCAAGGCAGCAGACCGCCACAGCAGGACCCGAGGGGAAACGAGAGAGGAAGCCAUGUCCCACCGUUUAACAGCCAGCGGCCGCAGUUCCAGCAACCGAAUCAGAAUGCCGAGCCAUCAGCAGGGAAUGUUGGUGCUUCGACAGCAGCCAGGAGUGUGGGCGUGUUCAGCAGCCGAAAGCCAGCCACGGCGUCCGAGCCGAAGAAGACGGCGGACGGCGCGCCGUCUGGUGGUGCCGGUAAGCCUGCUGCCGAUACCGGUCCGGCCAAAAGCUUUGGAAUAUUCAGUAAGCCUAAAAAGGGAUGAUGAAGAGAAAGAAUGAGGCAGGCGGCGAUGCUUGCGAAGAACGAUGCUACGUUUUUUUUGUCGAAUCGAAGGCUGUGAUACGGGAGAGGAAAUAACUAAUAUUCUGCUUUUGAGGGUGUAUUUUUCGCGGUGGCUGUCUAUUUGAGAAUGUUUGGGUGACACCUUGAUAUGAGGGGAGGAAAUUGUUGGUGGCGUCUGUCCAUUGACUUGAGGUCAGGAGCACUGAUCUGCUUGUCUAUCAUCGCGCUGUGUACUACCAUUUUGUUGUUAUUAUUUAUUCGGUCUAAAUAAAUAUUUAUUGAACAUCGUUAUUGGUUGAUCCUUAUGUAAACACAAGAUGAACCCAUGCAGUGUCUGUGGUGUGUGUCACAGCUAUUUUUGACCUACCUUAGGACAGCAGCAGGCAAUACUUGUUCAAGUUGUCUGUGCUUGUGUCAUGUACCAACUGGUGAAUUAAUUAGCAGGGAGCCAAGAGGACAUUAUCAUCUUUGUCUU